AUGCAACUGAAACAUCUUCUCACUGGCCUUGCGGUCUUCAGCUCACUUGCUGCUGCUGCCCCAGCAACUGCACCCGCGCAAGACGCCAAAGCCGCAGACAAGGACGCGCAAAAGCAGGACCAGAACAAGGACCAAAAUAAGAACAACAAGAAUAACAAUAAUGGAAAGAACAACAACAACAAUAACAAGAACAACGGAGACGUGACGAUUAUACAAAACAUCAUCAAGCCCAACAUCAUCGUCGUGCAGGAGAACCUCGACAAGAUCAACCAGCUCCAGCGCCAGAAUGAGAGGGAAUUGGCGUUGCUGGUACAAUCCCAGCUUGCUCUUGCGACGCAACUGCAGGCUGUCAAGGACAACAUUCGCAUCAACCACUUCAAGGCGCAGUUCCCCCAAGCGAACACCAUCAUUGUGACCGUCACAGGCGUCGUUGACAACCGCCAAGGUGGAGGACAGAACAAGCGAUACCUCGUGAACCAGCUCCUCGCCGACAAUGGCAAGCCGGGACAGCAAGCCUUGGUAAUGGUUAACGACCCGACACCUAUGGACAUCUCAACGCAACAGGCGGCAUCUUCGCAAUCCGACACUUUCGGGGCAGCCCGCGUGGCACUCGACUCUGCCUCUGAUGCCGUGUCAAACAACAUCGACGGUGUCCAAGCCGCCGCCGCUCCCACUCCAGGAGCCGACGAAAGCGACACCACCCUCAAGCUUGCUGCCUUCGACCAGGCCGCUCCGUUUGGACAAGUCGGUCAGAGCAUCAUCCUCCCCGCGGGCACGCAAGCUCCUCAGCUGGCCGCGUCCGUUCCGGACCCCGCCGCCAUCAUUCUGCCGAAUCAGGCCGGUCUCUUCGUUUCCAACGCGGCUACUUUCCUAACAGACUGCGCCUCGACGGCCGCCAAUGCUGCUGCCGGCAAUCCGGCACUCGCUGGAGCUGCUUUGAACAUCUUCUCCUCGUUCCAGCAGAUCGCUGCCGCACAGCUUGCGGGUCUCUCGGGUCUGGGCAUCUUUAACAACGCCGGACAGGUGCAGGGACAGCCUCUGGGUGCCAUUGCCGUUGGUGCCAACCAGCCGGCUGUGGCCGCUCCUCCUGCUGUCGCUCCUCCUGCUGUCGCUCCUCCUGCCGUCGCUCCUCCGGCUGCCGCUCCUCCUCCAGCUGCUGCGGCUCCUCCAGCCCAGGGAGGAUCUCUUGGUGCCAUUGCCGUCGGCGCAAACCAGGGCCAGCCAGCCGCCGCGCCAGCACCCCCAACUGAUGCCGCCGCGGUUCUCGCCGGGGCUAACCAAGCGCAACCUGCUGCUGCUUCCCCACCGCCGCCUCAGGGAAGCUCGGGAUCAGGUGUGGUAAUCGUGGGAUCGAGCCCGGGAGGAGCUCCAGCACCAGCUGCUCAGCCUGCGGCGCAACCCCCUGCGGCCGUUCUCGACGGGGCGAAUCAGGCGCCCGCUAAUCCACCAACUGUGGCCCCGGCUCCGGCCCCGGCAGCAUAG